CCCGCUUCACUUGCCUUUCCAUCGCCACAUGAACCAGAGAGAACGAUUUGUUUAAGUUUCUUCGUCUUCCGUUAUCGAACCAUAGCGUUCGGUGGCGUCUUCACCUGCAGCUACGACGAUGAUGUCGGUGAGGGCAAUUAACGGUUGCUUCAUCAUCCGCACCGCCACCACCGGCUGCGCUCCUCCCGUCUCUCUAUUUCGCCACCGUAUUCAGCGACUCAGAUCGUCUCAUCUCCGCGAAUUCUCGAAAUCAGGGCUUGGUUUUCCUCUACUGCGAAAGAACACCGGCGGCGGCGAUGCACCGAGCUGCUCGGCGUGCAUUCAUAGCCUCGUGGAAAGUGUUUCCCAAGAGCUCGAAUCAGUCAGCAGGCGCAAGCGAAGCCGAAUCAGCGUUCGCGCCAGUGUCAAGGUGAAAUUAACAAGCUACGGAGAGGUUGUUGAGGAUAAGCUAGUAAACCAAGAGCUAGAGGCGGGUUUGCUUCUGGAGUUCAAGAAGGAUCCAGAAAGGGUGUUGUUGGCAGUCACUCAUAGACCUGAUGGCAAGAAGAACUGGAUGGUCUUUGAUCAGAAUGGUGUUUCUUCUUCCAUCAAACCGCAGCAAAUUACCUACAUCGUCCCAGGUCUUUAUAAUUUUAACCAUACAGAGCUUACUGAUUUCCUCCAGAGGGCUCAGGAUAACUUGGAUAUUCAACUGCUUGAGUUUGCUUGGAUGGAGUUGCUUGAGAAGAACAAACCUGUGACGCCAGAAGAGUUAGCAGAGAUUAUUUAUGGUCGCUCAGAUCCUCUCGAAAGCUAUUGUGCUCAUUUUUUGCUCUCAAAAGACGAGAUAUACUUUUCUGUAUUGGAGUCGAAAGGUUCUCGAUCGAUCUAUAGCCCCCGCCGUACUGAACAGGUGGAAGAACUUUUACGCAGGCAACGUGUGAAGGAGGCAGAAGAAAGAGAGUUUCAGGAGUUUAUUCAGUUGCUGAAGUCUGCCAAGAACGCGCCUACUCACACUAAGCCCCCCAAAUCUUCAUGGUUAGCUAAUGAUAAAGUGCGAGAAAAUAUCGACUCACUUAAAGCUUAUGCUAUUGAUGCGUGGGCAAGCAUUGGCCAACGCAAAUUGGCCGGAGUGAUCUUAAAAUCCAUGGGAUUACAGAAAACGGCUGUCUCGGCACUAAACCUUCUCAUAGAUAUUGGAUAUUUUCCUGUACAUGUCAAUCUUGAUCUGCUUAAACUGAAUCUCCCCACCGACCACUCCGAUGCAAUUGUUGAAGCUGCUGAAAUUCUUCUUUCAGAGUCUUCUGAUCUUGAUGCGGCUAGGAGGAUCGAUCUCACACACUUGAAGGUAUAUGCAAUUGAUGUUGAUGAGGCUGAUGAGCUUGACGAUGCCCUGAGUGCAACGAGAUUGCAGGAUGGACGGAUAAAGAUCUGGAUACAUGUUGCUGAUCCUGCUAGAUAUGUUACACCUGGGAGCAAAGUGGACAGAGAGGCAAGGAGAAGGGGAACUUCUGUCUUUCUUCCUACCGCUACUUAUCCCAUGUUUCCAGAAAAACUUGCCAUGGAAGGAAUGAGUUUGAGACAAGGAGAAACAUGCAAUGCUGUCUCUGUGUCUGUUGUCCUCCGUUCUGAUGGCAGCAUUGCAGAAUAUUCGGUAGAAAAUUCAAUCAUCAGACCGACCUAUAUGUUGACAUAUGAAAGUGCUGCUGAGCUGCUUCACAUGAACCUCCAAGAGGAGGUUGAACUGAGAUUGCUGUCCGAAGCAGCUUUCCUCCGCUCUCAAUGGCGCCAUGAGCAGGGUGCAGUGGACACAACUACACUGGAAACUCGUAUCAAAGUGGUGAAUCCUGAAGAUCCAGAACCGUUGAUUAAUCUCUAUGUAGAGAAUCAGGCAGACCCGGCAAUGAGACUUGUCUUUGAAAUGAUGAUACUUUGUGGGGAGGUUAUAGCAACGUUUGGGUCUCAGCACAAUAUUCCAUUGCCAUAUAGAGGACAACCACAGUCAAAUAUUGACGUGUCUGCAUUUGCGCAUCUUCCAGAAGGACCUGUUCGUUCUGCAUCCAUUGUCAAAGUAAUGCGUGCUGCAGAAAUGAAUUUCAGAUGUCCUGUUCGACAUGGAGGGCUCGGAAUUCCGGGUUACGUUCAGUUCACAUCUCCCAUUCGUCGAUACAUGGAUCUUACCGCACACUACCAGAUUAAGGCUUUUCUUAGAGGAGGUGACAAUUUUCCAUUCUCAGCUGGUGAGCUAGAAGGUAUAGCAGCGUCCGUAAACAUGCAAAACCGAGUAGUGAGAAAACUCUGCAACAGUGGUCUUCGUUAUUGGGUAAUAGAGUUUCUAAGAAGACAACAGAAGGGUAAAAAAUACACCGCAUUGAUCUUGAGAUUUGUCAAAGACCGUAUCGCAUCCCUUUUGUUGGUUGAGGUGGGUUUUCAAGCAACCGCAUGGGUAUCAGAAGGAAAGCAAGUGGGAGAUGAAGUCGAAGUUCGAGUAGAAGAAGCUCAUCCCCGCGACGAUCUUAUUCUUCUCAAAGAAGUUCUCUAGGAGUUAACAACACCUUAGUUCCCAGACAAAUUCAUCAAAAAUGAGGCCUGAAACUGAUAGAGAGCUUGUUUUUUUUUUUGCAAAAUAGGUGAUAAGGAAACCUGCUGAUGAACGCAGCCAGUGGGGGCUCGAGCUAUGUGCUUUAGGAGUUAAAACACAUUGGUCAUGUGGUACACGCUUAUAUGGUUCAUACAAUUUUACAUGCUGUUGUUGUAAGUCGAUAUAUGUAACUUGCUUUGGUUCUAUUGAGCAAAAAGAAAAGAAAAAAGGGAAUGUGAAUAUACUA